CUGACAAAUGCACAUAACCUCUUCAUUCAGUUGGUUUCAAUGGCAAGUUGCUGAGUAAUGGGGUUCUGAUGGGGGAGGGGUCACUGAUUCUUUACCUGGUCAGGUAUAAAAGGAAAGGGUUAAACCAUGUAGGUACACAGUUCAGGAGCAACACAGCACCUCUACAGCCAGCAUGACCAACACCGGCAUGAACAUGAGGGGCAAGAUCACCUUCUAUGAGGAGAAGAACUUCCAGGGCCGCUCCUAUGAGUGCAUGAGCGACUGCUCUGACAUGACCUCCUACCUGAGCAGGUGCCAGUCCUGCAGGGUGGAGAGUGGCUGCUUCAUGGUGUACGACCGCACCAACUACAUGGGGAACCAGUACUUCAUGAAGAGGGGCGAGUACUCCGACUUCCAGAACAUGCUGGGCAUGAGGGACUGCAUCAGGUCUUGCCGUAUGAUCCCUAUGCACAGAGGACAGUUCAGGAUGAAGGUCUACGAGAGGGAGAACUUCGGUGGUCAGAGCCACGAGCUGAUGGAGGACUGCGACAACAUCAUGGACCGUUACCGCAUGAACGACGUCCAGUCCUGCAACGUGAUGGAGGGCCACUGGCUGAUGUACGAGCAGCCCCAGUACAGAGGCAAGCAGAUGUACAUGAGGCCCGGAGAGUACAGGAGCUUCAGGGACAUGGGCAUGAGCGGUAUGAGGUUCAUGAGCAUGAGGCGCAUCAUGGAUUCCUGCAACUAA